AUGUCCAACAAGCCAGAGGCUUUUGGUUCAUCUUCCCGGGGUUUUCAGGCCAUCGCUGUUGUACCUUGGGACCAGAAGCAGAAGGCCGCAGCUGUGCUCUGGGGCGCGGCUGGCGGCCCAUCACGCCCAGAUUCAGUCUUCUCCUCCUCGCCUCCCCUCCAGGCCCAUGAACAUAGGUUUAUCAGGUACCCACUGUUUGUACCGCGGUACCUCCCGUCGCAGAGAACCCCUCCUCUUCCUCCUCUUCCGAAUCCUGCGUCCUUGACCUCUCACACAGUCAGAUUCCAUCUCUGCUCCGACCAAUCGCAUCGCGACUCGACCGACCGGGUCACCGUCGAAAUCCCCGUCCUCAUAAUAUCCCCGCCCACCAACCGUCCCCCGUCGAUUCAAUUCCCCUCUCGCAGACGUCGAGCGACGACUAGACCGGGCAUCUCCCUCGUCCUCCCCGGCCCAGUCGCCCCAUUCUCUGCCUUCGCAGCUAUUCUGUUAGGACUGCUCUGGAAACCCUUUGGACAUCUCUCCCUGCCCGGUCUGCGGACCAUCGCCUUCGCGAAUUCUCCUCCAUCCAGACCGGAAUCUUGGGCCAACCUUUGUUCCUAUCCAGCGACCGACCCUGACUGUUUACCCAAGGACGCAUCAUAUUCAACGCCACAAUGA